AAAAGAUCAAGGAACAGGGUGGAGCCUGAUUCACCAAGAGCCUUGGACACCAUAUAGAGAUGUUGAGAUCUGAGAGACCAUGAAAGUAAAAAAAAUUGCAGUGAUUGGUGCCGGGGUAAGCGGAUUAGGUGCCAUCAAGAGCUGUUUAGAAGAGGGACUUGAACCCACAUGCUUUGAAAAGAGAAAUGAUAUUGGAGGACUGUGGAACUAUGAGGAUACACCAGAAAGCGGACGUCCUGGAAUGUACAAAUCUUUGACCUCUAACACUUCCAAGGAGAUGACAGCCUUCAGUGACUACCCUAUCCCUGACCAUUACCCCAACUAUAUGCACAACUCCAAAUUGAUGGAGUAUCUCAGGAUGUACACCAGACACUUUGGGCUUCUGAAACACAUCCAGUUCCAGACAAAUGUGUGCAGUGUGAGGAAGCGCCCUGACUUUUCAACCUCUGGCCAGUGGGAUGUUGUAGUAGAAACUGACCGGGUGCAGAAAACCUAUAUCUUUGAUGGGGUCAUGGUCUGCAGUGGGCACUACACUGAAAAGUAUUUGCCUUUACAGGAUUUUGCAGGGAUCGAGAAGUUCCAAGGCAGAUACCUCCACAGCUGGGAGUACAAGCACUCAGAGAGCUUUGUGGGGAAGAGAGUGGUCGUGAUCGGCAUUGGGAAUUCUGGAGCCGAUGUGGCUGGCGAGAUCAGUCGUGUUGCUGAACAGGUUUUCCUUAGCACAAGACGGGGGGCAUGGAUAUGGAACCGGGUUUGGGAUCAUGGAAAUCCUAUGGAUGCUACACUGUUCACUCGUUACAAUAGAGCUGUCCAAAAAUUGUAUCCCACAUUCCUGCUCAACAGACACAUAGAGAAUAAAUUAAAUGCAAGGUUUAACCAUGCCAAUUAUGGACUGCUGCCUGAACAUAGAAUUCUUGACCAUCAAACAGUUCUCAAUGAUGACUUGCCAAAUCACAUCAUUACUGGAAGAGUGCAGAUAAAACCAAACGUGAAGGAGUUCACCCAGGCAUCUGCCAUCUUUGAGGACGGUACUGAGGAGAGCAUAGAUGUUGUAGUCUUUGCCACAGGCUACACCUUGUCAUUUCCUUUCUUGGGAGAUGACUCAACAAUCCUGGACAGCCAGCACUCCUUGUUUAAACUGGUCUUCCCUCCUCGGCUAGAGAAGCCAACGCUAGCUUUCAUUGGCAUCAUCCAGCCAGCGGGAGCCAUCAUCCCCACAUCAGAGCUCCAAAGCCGAUGGGUUGUGCGUGUGUUCACAGGGCUGAAAAGUUUACCCUCACAGAGUGAAAUGAUGGCGGAGAUCAAAAGAAGGAAAAGGAGCAAGGCAAAAGACUCUGUGAAAAGCCCCAAAGAUACACGUCGAGUACAGUAUAUUGACUAUAUGGAUGAAAUCGCUUCUGAGUUAGGGGUCAAACCCAACCUACUCUCUCUGCUCCUCUCGGAUGCAAAGCUGGCCAAGGAGAUCUUCUGGGGGCCCUGCACCUCAUACCAGUACCGUCUACAGGGGCCAGGGAAAUGGCCUGGGGCUCGGGCAGCCAUCCUCACUCAGAGAGAACGAAUCCUCAAACCCCUGAGAACCCGUGGGCUCAAACACCUUGGGGCUUCCUUCUCUCAUCUGUUCUGGGUCAAAAGUAUCUGUGUUGUCUUUUUUCUCCUUGUUUCUGUGUUAGCUACAUACAUGUUGUUAAGCUCACAUUGA